AUGAAUCCAUUCAAAAAUAUUUUGCGUUUCCGAUUGGUGGGCUCAAAAUUGUUGCAUCCAAAGACAACCACCAUUCUCCAAGAUACCUUCUUUUCGAAUGUUGUUCGAACACAUCAACCAUCCAGUAAUUCAAAAAGAUCCAUCAUCAGAUUCACUGGUUUAGCACAUCCACCACCACAACAGGAUUCUCACAUGACCUCCUCCUCCUCCUCUUCCGAUACUACCCAUCCUCCAACUACCACUCCUAGCACCACCACCAAUCUGACCACCACCACCACCAAUAGUAUGACCACCUCCACGACAUACAAAGGACCAGCUCGUAAUGCUCAUUCUCUCUUUCAAUCUUCUUCCUUUCUUCAGAAAUAUGCUUCUCAUCAUUCCGAAAUUGAAUGGAUCAAGACACCUAUGGUAGAUUGUGCACUUUUGAAUUCUUCAAAAUAUUUCACAUCUGUGAGUGCAUUUAGAGAGUUUCUGUAUGAUGAAAAUAUGUCAUGUGUGAUACCCAUGUAUAAACCGAGAGGAAUUUCUUCACAAUCAUUUAUUGUGGAAUUUAAAAAGAAAUUUAAUUUGGAUAAAAGAAUGAGAAUUGGACAUUCUGGAAGUUUAGAUCCGUUGGCAUAUGGAUUGUUACUUUUAGGUGUAAAUGGUCAAGGAACCAAAGCGUUAAAUUACAUCCAAGAUUCUAAUUACAAAGUUUAUGAAUUUAUCAUUCAAUGUGGUUCUUGUACUCCAUCCUAUGAUGCACAAACAAUUCAAUUCGCUAAACAUUGUCACAAUUAUAAAUAUUUCUUUGAAAAGAAUUGUCAAAGUAUUGAACAAGUGAAUGCAAAGAUUGAAGAAUAUUUGAAAGAGAGAAAUAAUUAUUUAAUUCAAAAUACUCCUGUCUUUAGUGCAGUAAAAAAGGGAGGAAAAAGAUUAGCAAAAUAUGGACAUCAGAAAUUAGAAAAAUUAGAAAGAAUCAUGUUUCAAGAUGGUCAUCAGAAGCAACAACAGAAACACCACCACCACCACCCUCAUGAAACGAUCAAGUCCAUUCAAGAAGAACAUCAAUUCUUCUUAGAUCCCAUAGGAAUGAAACAUCCAUCCACUACUGAGAAUUCAACCAUUCAAAAUGAUCCAAGUCAGGUCCUCAUUGAAUUCCAUGAUCAAGAUUCUUCAAUGAUGAUUGAAUUUAAUAAUAGUAAUGGUGGUAUGUACAAUGAAGAAGAACACAUUCCAAAACGUCAUAUUCGAAUUGAUCGAUUGGAAUGCACUGGCAUUGACAAGGAAAAGGGUCAAUUAUCAUUUUCAUGUACAUGUAGCACAGGAACAUAUAUUCGAGUAUUGGGAUAUGAGUUGAGUCAUUUAUUGGAAGUAUGUGGAGCCUAUGUGAUUGAAUUGCAUCGAUCACAAAUUGGCAAGUUAUCAACCAUGCUUCGAUUGGAGGAUUUAGGAAAUCAUCCCUAA